GGGGGUGGGCCGCGCCCGCCAUGCUGAUCACGCUGUGCUACCUCUACCUAUGGGCGCGCUGGGGGCCUUGCUCGGCCGCGCUCAUCCGGCGCACCGUGCGGCGCCUGCACCGCUCCCGCUGCUCCUUCACCUUCUGCUGCCGCUGCUGCCGCCGCGCCGCGCCGCCCGAGGAGCGCGUGUGCCUCAGGCUGGGGAACAAAGUCUUCUUCACGGACGAGGCGCAGCUCCUUGAUGAUUUAAACAGAUGGAGUCUACUUCUCAUUUCUCCUUUUAUUUAUCCUGAUAAAUUACUAGAAGCAGAACAUAUAGCUUUUGUGACAGAAAGCAUUUCAGCUCAGACAGAUAACUUGCAGAAAGUACCUGUCUCUUCAAAAGAGGUUGUGAAGUGGUCAGACUAUUGUUCACCAUUGGCCUAUAAAGCUGGGGAACCUUAUAAAUUAAUUGCUGAAGCAAGUGUAGAUAAUUUCAGUAACCUUGGAAUAGCAUUCAUGGAAGACAGGCUUCAAAUGGAUAACGGAAUGGUGCCACACAAGAUUGUUUCUGUCCAUUUACAGGAAUCUACUCUGAAGGAGUUGACGCAGGUGGCACCGUCUGUAAAAGAGAUGAGUAGAAACAGUACACAGAUGAAUAAAGCAACUCCUACUGCUACUCGCGGGACUACUGCUAAAUCAAAGUUAGGAGUAGCUGAGUCUGUAGGACAAGGUGAUCCAGAGGCAGAAGAGAAAUCCAAGCUAGAGGAAGAAAGCAAGUAUGAAGAUGAAUCCAACAGCCUAUCUGACAAAGAGGCAGGCUUUGGAGAGCAUCAUCACUUGCAUCUUUCCAGCUGUCACGAAUGUCUGCAACUUGAAAACAGCACUAUUGAAUCUGUCAGAUUUGCCUCUGCGGAAGACAUUCCAGAACUUUCUGACCAUUGCAAUAGCAAACUGGAAGAGAAUGGUGGUGAUUGUCUGGCAACAGGAAUAAAGAGAGUAAACCUUGCUGGAAAGCCCCCUAAUGUGUUGAUUUAUGUUGGUUCUGAAACUGCAAAAGUGGAAUUUGACCCAGUAAAAUCAAUCCUCCUGGAAUGCAUCGAUGCAGACAACUACACCAUCUACCAGCUGCAUGAGGAACAAGUUCUGAAAGCUCCAUGGAUUGAUAAUGCACUGCUGUUGAUCAUUGCCACAGAGGAGCCUAUUUCUGAUGAGAACCAAGAACAGUUUAUGAAGUUUUUAUCUAAGGGUGGAAAGAUUCUAGGGUUUUCUUCCUCGUUUACAUUUGGUGGUAUACAAAUAAAGAGAAAAGACAAACUGAAGAAGACUGUUCAUGAAUUAGUUGUCUCUAAAACUGACAGCACUGAAGUGAAGUUAAACCUUUUGAUCAGUGGCUGUAUUUUUGAAGAAGUAAGGAAGGAAAGUAACAGCAAAGUGAAGCCAUUGAGUCAUUUAAAUAAUGCUGAUAAAGAUAUAGUUAUUGUUCAUCUGCCUUAUGGAGACAACGGAGGAGAAGCCAUUCUUUCUCAGGUGCACUUGGAACUGGAUAUCAAUUCUGUGGAUUUCCAAACUGAAGAGGAUUUUAAUUUGCUGAAGAUGAGCAAUACCAAGAGAUAUGAAGUUCUCAAGGAGAUCCUGGUAUCACUUGGCCUGAGUUGUGAAUUAAGUGAAAUUCCUCCUUUAACGCCUAUUUACCUUCUCUCUUCUGAUGAGGAAAUCCAUCUUACAUUCCUGAAAUGGCUUGAGGAAAAUGUAAAUGCUGAAGGAGUAAUAGAAUCCAGCAAAGUGUCUCUUAAAUUUGUUUCAUCUUGUGAAUCAAAAAUGGAGACAACUCUGUCUCUGAUGUCAGUCAUCACUGAGAUGGGAAACUUCUCAUCAGAACAUUUCAGCCUGGAGAUGUAUCAACAGAAUCUGCAAACAAAGAAGUUUGGAAAGAUUCUUCUCUUUACUGAAGUUACCACCACAACGAUGAAUCUUCUAGAUGGGUUAAUGUUCAAGUUGCCUGAGGAGAUGGGUUUAAUAGCAAUUGCUGUUCGACAAACACAAGGGAAAGGUCGUGGUGGAAAUGUUUGGCUCAGUCCCAUGGGUUGUGCACUAUCCACUUUACAUAUUACAGUUCCUCUACAUUCCAACUUGGGCCAGAGAAUUCCUUUUAUUCAACACCUAGUGUCCUUGGCAAUGGUAGAGUCAGUUAGAUCAAUACCAGGAUAUGAGGACAUUGAACUGCGAGUAAAAUGGCCAAAUGAUAUUUAUUACAGUGAUCUUAUGAAGCUUGGUGGAGUUCUGGUAACCUCUACACUUAUUGAAACAACAUUUCAUAUACUUAUUGGCUUUGGAUUUAAUGUGAAUAACAGCAACCCCACCAUAUGCAUCAAUGACCUCAUCACAAAAUUUAAUAAGGAAGAGGGGACAAAACUUAAGCCUUUAACUGCAGACUGCCUUAUUGCAAGAACUGUAACUGUGCUAGAGAGGCUUAUAGAUAUUUUUCAGGAGAAAGGGCCCAACGGAGUUCUUCCCCGUUACUACAAGUACUGGAUACACAGUGGUAAGCAAGUCCAUCUCUACAAUGAGGAGGGCCCAAUUGCAUGGAUAGUUGGGAUAGAUGAUUAUGGAUUCCUUCAAGUUCAUGAAGAAGGCAAAGGUGUAGAGUCUGUGCAUCCAGACGGCAACUCUUUUGACAUGCUGAGAAACCUCAUAAUCCCAAAGCAUUAAUAGUCCUCAGAGCUCACAAUGCAAAAGGAGGCUCUUUACUAUUCAACACCAAGCAGCUAAACUUGCUUAAAGGUGGGAGGGUGGUUGAUGGCUUGGUUGUUUUGUUUUUUUUUUCUUCCAAUUUCUAACAUCUUUGUUCUUUGAGAUGGAUAACUUCAAGAGUUUAAGAAGAAGUAAUUAUCUUUUGCUAAAGUUCUGUUGCAUUAACUUAAAAACACAUCUAUGUUGCCAUUCUUUAUAAGCACCUAUUCUUUAAACGGACCCUGAUUUCAAAGGAGUACUUUGUAAUGAACAGAACUUUUUCUUCGAUUACACACUGUAUUUGGCUAAAUCUUUUGGUUUCAGAAGGGGUGUUUUCAUUGUGCUUAGCGCUAUAGUACAGUACAAGAUUUACAUAUUUACCAUGUUUUUAUUACCUAGAUUCAGUUUUUUUUGUUGUCUGCAAUGGAAUCAUCUAGAAGAGCUCAUCAUAUAUUUCUGUAUUAGUGGGCUUACCACUGUGCUUAGCUUCAGGUCUAAGUAGAACCUUGCCGUCUUGGUUCUUCUCCAUAUGGACCUGUACAACAGUUUACAUACUGUGCUUUGGUCUCAAGUCUGCAACUCUGUCAUGGCUGCCUUGAGUUUUUGGAGAGUUUUCCAUCAGCUCGUAAGAACUGUGGUUGGUUAUACCAAUGUAUUUUUGCUUUUCAUACUCAGUUGGAUCUAAGCAAAUCAUCUCAUAUCUCUGUUAAAUUAUAGUCUUCUGAGAGGUUUUAGCCCUAUAAGAAUAGUCCACUGGAGGUCAUGACGGGUGUAGCACCUAGUUGAAAAGCUCUUAUCUGGUUUAUCGUAGGAUUCCAUUCUAGGGGAUGGAAGUCUAAACAGUUUAGAGUUUAAUAGUAAUUCCACUGUAAUAGUAAUGAAGUUAAGAGAAUAAGUAAGAGAAAAUGCCCCACUCUUUAAGAUCCCUGCCGUAAACAGUUACUACAGUGAAAACAAGAAAACACGCAGUUACCUGUGUCCAAAUUCUCUUCCAUCAUUUCUGGUUUCACCCCUCCUUUCCCAAAGUAGGGCAUCUGGUUUUGCUGUUAACCACUGAGAACAAGAGGUUUAACAUCUGCUGACCUGGAAAUAACUUGCUUUUGGGGCUGGCUGCACAGUGUUAGUGUGGUCAUGUUUGGAAAACAUCGUGAGGUAGGCAUGUGGGAUCUUCUGUGUGAUAAGCAGCUUGUUGGGUUUUCUCCUGUGCAAGAUGAAUUUGUACCAGGAGGCUGGCCACCAGAGCACUUCAAAUGGUUCUCUACAAACAAAAAGUUUAUCAUAGGUGUGAUGUGGCCAGCUUCAUUUCCUCAAGUAGGCAGCACUGCUUAUUAUGUUACCUGGUCCCUACUAAAGGUGGAUAAGCCAAAUUGGUUUCCACAAAGCACUUCUGUCUACUAGCCAGAAAUGUUUUUUUUUUUUUUUUUUUUUGGUUAAAGUUCACCUCAUAAACAAUCUGAACAUGUUAGUAGAUUGUUUCAGUUACAAAGCCAAGAAGUCUUAAAGCAAGGAAGCUAGUCUGUAAUGGUAAUUUAGAGUAAUCCUCACAUAUUAGGUUUUAGGUGGUUUGGCAGCAAGUGCUAAAAAUUAAGUUGUCCCUCUUACAUUUAGGACUUUUAGCUCCAUAUCACAGUAUAUUAGUGUGUGUGCCUGGUUGUCUGUCCUCUGCUGUUUUGUUUUCCCUUGUGAUCUGCAUCAUAUGAGACUGCACACCAAUAUUUCAUAGAACUGUACAGUGGAGUGUAGACAGCUGUUAAUUGGCUUAGUUAAAAUGAUACACAUGAACACCAAUUUUUACAUUUUCCCACCAGAUACUUCAAAGCUGCUUUGGGCUGUUAAUUUUUGGCAGCUACCUUUAUUUCAGAACCAAAUAUUGAUGUAUAUUAUAAUUGAAUGAAAUUUGAGUCUGAGUUAAUAAAGUUUAAAUAAAAAAGAGCCCAUUUAUAUAUACAUAUAUAUAGCGUGUUUGUGGUUGUGUGUGUGUGUAUGUACACAUCUUUGUGCAUCUUCACUUCUUUUUUAUCUUUUCCUUCAAGUAGCUCAUAAACAUUGCAUGCUGCUGCUGGUCAGCUGUGGAAAGCAAAAUUCUGGUACUGUUUUUUUCAACCACAGAGUUUUACAAAACUUUAGAUCUGUAUCUCAAUAUGAAAUUUGUAGCUAAAACACUAUCUCUGUUUUGGUACAGUAGACUAUGCCAAUAGGAAACAUUGUUGAUAUCACUCAUAUUCCAGAUACACUGAUGAGUGCCUGUAGAGAUUCCUUUUAAUGAUUAGGCUGGGCAUCAGGUUUUGACUUGAAUUGCUUCCUUAAAACAUGCUCUCCCUACGCUAGGGACGAGUACUGUAUAAGAAUGAUGGGAAAAAAUGAUAAAACAUGUUCCUGUUGGAAGGACAUAGUGGAGUACCUGCAAAAUUUCACUUCACUAAGCUGUCACAGUGAGCAGAAGGCAGAUGUAUUUUUUAAUAGUAAAACGCUGCAAUAUUUCAUGGUUGCUAUCAUUCCAUUUUGGAUUUCUUCAUAGUCUUUUUUAAUGAAAAGCAUGUUUUAUUCUUGCUUUGAGUUGUAAGAUUAUUCUGAAAAGGUUUGCAUUGAAACUUAGCACUGAACUUCCUUUCUAUAAAUAAGAACUAAUCAAGUGUGGAUUUGUCAGAGCAUAGGUAGAUGGUGUGGGAAUACCACUUUGCCUCAACUUUUUAGUGGCCUCUUCCUGUGUGUUUAAAACUACCUUCUGUCGUGUGGAAACAGCCUGGAGUUGAAUAAAGCAUUUGUUACAGACUUGACCUUUCCUUCAGAAGAACCAAAGAACUUCACAAAGAAAAUUCAUGUUGUAUACAGAGCAGUGGAAUCAGGUCAUUCUGGCUAGCAGCUGUUACUGUCAAGAACGCCAGUGAACCUUCCUAUACCGCACUAAUCUUAAGGUAUUUGGGGAGCACAGCCAGUAAUCUUAUUCUUUUUAUGGCAAACUUGGCACACCCAGAAAACCACAACAUUUUUGUAUUUUUGUUAUUGUUCUUUACAUAAGACAGACAAAUGUGGUGUAGUGUGGUCUCUGAACAUAGGUAUGUAGAGAAUCAGACAUCUCCAGACCCAGAAGUAAUGCACUGAAAAUGUUUAAUUUUAUUAAAUGUCUAGAUUAGUAAACCACUCAUUUCAUUGUGAGGCUGAUGUCAUAUCUUAAACUAUUUUCUUGAUGAAGUGCUUUCAAAAACAUUUAUUAUGGUGUCCAUAUUUCUGUGACUUAAUUUUUUUCUCCAAGACUGUUAUAACGUUUCUUGAAUUACACAUUGUGCAAAUAUCUAUAGAGAUUGUUUAUUGAUCAGAAAACUUCUGCAGAGCAAGCAGAGUGUGUUGGCACGUCUGUGUUCAGAAAGAGUAAGCAGGUUGUGUCCAGACAGAACCAAUGCUGUUUCCAAAGAUUUGAAAUAGUAAUAAUGUACUUAACAUUUAAGAGUUCAAGCAGUACAUCUCACUUCUAUUAAAAUGUUUUAUAAGACUUCAGAGUGUUGUUAAAAUCUAUCCAGCAAAUAUAAUAUACUUCAAGGGCUAUUAUCUAGAAAUAAUAUUAAAGUAUUUAAUUCUUUAUGCUGCUGUUUAAUUGUGCAACUGUUGGGGGGGGGGUUAAUUAUUUUUUUGCUUUUUCUGAUCCAGCUACAAGACCUCAGCAGUCUAAAAAAUUACUCUCUGUAACUACUUUGUAAUAUGCAAUAGCUACAUCAAUUUUUUCUGAAGUACAGCUUAGUAGGUGUUGGGAAAAAUAUUUGUGCUGCUAACAGUUGAUUCAUUCCUGGGGGAAGCUGGCUUGAUAAAAGCAUUUGCAUGCAUAAGUUACAGUAGUGAUGCACAGCAAUGACCAGACACCAAAGAAAUUAAAUCUGGACUGAAGUAAGAACAGAGGUCAAAAAAUGGUGGCAUGCAGCAGAGUAUCAUCAUGUAGCAAACAACUGAGAAAAAAGAACUGCAGGGAGGAAUUGUAAACUGAUGCUGUAUUUGAAUAUCUUGCAUUAGGGUGUUUCAUUAGUGAUUCUGUGUUAUUUUCCAUUCUCCAAGACUCUCCCUUUAAAAUGUAAUGUGACUUAAACAGAAUACAUAAUUCCUUGUAUUUUAUGAUACACUAACUGUCAAAUAUAGUGUCAUAAUUGAAAUAAAUUUUCAAAUAUACAGUGUUAUUCUUUGUGAAAUCUUGUGUUUUGUAGUAAAAAAAAAUCAAACUCACUUUUCCUUUGGCUACAGGACUUUAUUAUCAUUUUAACAGUUCUGUUUUACAUAAUAAAUAAGCAAAAAUGCUUUACAUUUUUAGGGAAUACAUAUAUAAUUCUGAGCAUUAAUAGGUUGUUUGUUUUGCGUGCUUUUUCACCUACAUUUGCCAAAUAGCUCAUAUCUGCAUCAUAUAUAUAUUAAAAAAAAAAGCAAAAUCUAAUGUUCAGGAAAAAAUGAAAUUAAAUUUUCUCUGUGUUGCUUUUGAAGUAUGACUGAAAUGUUGAAAAAAUGCUUGGUGUGGUGUUUUGUGAUUUUUAGAGAAAUGCUAAUAUCUGACAGGUAUCCCAUUCAUAAAGAUAGCAUUUCCACGUUAUCUCAGUGAUCUAUUAUCAGAUUUUACACCUAUAGUCCACUGUGCUUAAUUUAAUUAAAUUACUUAAAUGCCCUUUUGUAAUUACAUGGUUGUAACCUGGAGAGAAGUCUGUUCCCUUACCACCUUAUUUACAUUUCACUGUUUCUAUUAAUAGGAUAAAAACUUUUGAGACAUCAAUAUGGGAUUAACAUUUCCAACUUUAUAUUUAGGUAAAUCAUUACCCCUCUCACACUCUUUCUCUCUUUCAUACUGCAUAGACUUUACUUGCUAGGCCUGACCUCCCCCAAGAUUUUAAAUCCCAUCAAGUUGCAUGAUAAAGGUAUCUAUGAUAAAGAUAUCUAUACUGGCUCGAGUAAGUAUGAUGGAGAGAACUUAGGUUAUUUUUCAUAAUAUAAUGCAAUUCACACUCCACUUACAUGACAUAAUUUUUUCCAAUUAUUAAAAACAUUGCCACUGUCAAUGGCUGUACCACAUUCUACAGUAAUAGCAUACUAUAAACAUCUGUAGUUUAACUGACUAAAAGUCGAUGCUUGAACUCGUAUUUUUCUCUCAGUAUAAUGUACUCACAUUCCAGAUGUGAAUAUGCAAU